AUGCAUCAGUGUGAGCACCGUUACUUGCAAGAGUUCAUCGAAAGCCAGGUGUCGUUCCAGUACCGAAUGCAGGAAAUCGAAAAUGGGGUCGUGUAUGUGAAUAAAAUCGAGGAUACGCUGAAGACACUUGCCAAUCUUUUGAGUGUUGACUUACACGUGUAUCGUCGAAUCGAUGAUGAGCCAGAUGUCUACAGGGGUUCUGAGGGAGAGUCUCCUGAAAAGGUGUUGUUGUGCGAAACGUCUGGCGGUCAUUUUGAUUUGGUCAUCACCAAGGAAGAUCACGAUAGCCUAGCGUUGGCCCAAUCACUUGUCUACGAUGCGCUUUGCUCCGGUGUAGUCGGAUUUUCACGAGAUGCUAUCAAUGAAUCUAUUGAAAAACUUCGUAAGCGUAUAGAUGCUAUUCGGCUUGGCGAUAAAACACCCACCUCCGAUAAUAUGGAAGUACAGUAUGGAGAAAUUUCUGUUAGUGAUGAGAACAAAGCGCCGUCUGAUUCUGCUUGCGGAUCGUCGAUUCCGCUCUCAUCGGUGAGGGCUCUCGAUCCUACUAUUUACCGUAAUCUGGCUCUAGAGCUAUACGACGAGAAUAACGUCCAAGGUGGCGAUAGCGAUGCUUUUCAACCUGGCUCUCAUUGCAUUUUGAUGGAUGGUGAUUCAUUCGAUCUGGCUUGUGUGCAAUCCGCUCCGGACAAGGACUCGAGGGUGAUCUUGGUCAACGGCACCGAGAAACAAGUGGAUGUGUCGAAAUUGUUGCCUUUGCCAAUGAACGAGGGCCUUCCAUGUUGCUCUACAUCGAUUGACACCGACCACACAGAUAUCUGA